GGUUGAGCCGCAGAGGGCGCCUGAGUGAACUAACAGACGCCUAUGGGACGGACGGUGAACCUCAGUGAGAGAGGAAAAAAAGUAUCUUUCUGCGUGAUUUGUAAAUAUUGCUAGUUUGCGGUGCAGCUGAUAGCGAUCGAUGUGGCCGGGUUGAUGUUGUAGUCGUUGAAAUACGCGCCGAUGGCCGGGAAACGGUAGGAGAUCACGGUGUCCCCAGUAUGAGCGCAGGAAUUAAGAAGCCUCCAGUGGCUCCUAAACCCCGAAUUGCUUUGGGAAAGAAGCCACCUCCUCCUCCAGUUGCACCAAAGCCAGAUAUCAUCAUAUCAGAACCAUUCUCAACACAUAAGGGACCAAAACCAGCAUUAGCACCAAAACCAGUAUUGCCAAAAAUUACACCUGUGGCUGAAGUCAAACCAACACCACUGCAAAUUAAUAAAUGCCCAGAUGAAAUUAAGCGAGAACUGAGUGAAAAUGUGAAGUGUCCAACUUGCCAAGGUGAUGGAAUGCAAAAGGGAGACUGUGAAUUGACUCAUCAUUGCGAAAUAUCAAAUUACUCAUGUAAAACUGAGUAUGAGCAUAAAUAUAUAAAUGGUGAAAAUACAGGUAAAACACAACUUGUCAUUGACCACUUGUCCAAAUUGGAAGCUUUAGAAAAGAGCAAAAAGUACGAUCAAGCAAAUUAUUCCUCUACAGUAUGGCAAAGGCCAGAGACUCAGAAUAGCAAAACGGUUAACAAGUACCAGAUAAGUAGUAAAACUAGUUUCCCAGAGCAGAAAUUUAAAGAUGUGCUAACUCAGGUUGUAUCACCAAACAAUUAUCUUCCAAAGCAAAAAGAUGCACAUUGUGAUGCAGGUAUCAAAUUACACAGAAGUAAUAAUGGGCAAAGUGAAGUGUUUAAUACUGACCAAACUUUCCAAAAUCUAAGAAAUUCCAAAAGAAAUACAAGAGAGCCAUUUGUUGAUGGGAAUAAAGACUAUGAGAUUAAAAAUGCUGCUCAGGAAUCGGAAAAAGGAGUGAAAAAUGGGAAAAAUUGCCACUCUUCUGGUACUGACCUCAAAGAAAGUGUGCAUAACAGCCAGCCAAAAGUUCCAUUUACAGUUGCAGAAAAGGAGAAGUUGACCUUUCAGGAUAAUUCUUCAAUUACUGCUUCAACAUUCACUUCAGUGCCUUGCACCAAACCAAUUCCUAUGCCAAAGCCAAAUAAAGCACGCCUAGUUGGUCUCAUCAGGCAGAACUGUAUAGACAACUCUGUGGAAGAUGCUAUGUGUCCUAAUGAGAUAUGCAAUGAUCUUUGUUUCAAGACUGCAGAUGGAACUGCUGUAGAUUUGAAGAAAUCAGUUGUUUCUUUGGAUGCUGGAAGUGUCUCUAUGUGUAAAAGUGAAAGUUCUUAUCAGACUGUCAAGAUGAACAGUGCAUCCUCACAGGAUAAGAUUGCUGAACUGAGUCAAGCAAAAGAUUCUUGUAAUCAAAGUAUUUUACCCUUCAAAAAGCCAGUUCUGGACUCUGUCUCUAAAGUCAAAAUCUCUUCAGACUUGCAAAAUAGAAGUAAAGUAGAACAAAUAAAGAAAGAUUUGGAAAGUGGCAACAGAACAUUGCCGACAGACAGCAAAAGCAGUUUUAUUAGAAGUAGUUCUCUCUCUAUGAGUUUGCCCAAAUACCUCAGUUUAUCAUAUGCUCCAAAAGUGCCUGCAUCAAAUAAUGAUACUGGUUCAGAUUUUGAUAGAGUACUUAGUAAUGAUGCAAAGUCCACUAAGUCAGACAUCUCCCCAAAGAUUAUUCCAGAAAAACCACAGCGUCACAGCCUGCCUUCAUCUGUUAUAGUUAAAAGGGAUCUGACAGCAGGCAAUGAUAAGAGUGCAAGUGGUUCAGUAGAAAAUGAUGCGGAAGAGGGAACUGGCAGUUUAUCCGGCAGAGAAACCAAAACAUCUACUAGUGAACACAAAACAAUUCAUCUGAGUGAGAAACCUGUAUGGAAACUUCCACAUCCUAUUUUGCCUUUUCUGGGGAGUCCUGGCACUGUGACACUAACAAGUACUUCAACAAAUAACGAAGCCAAUAUAUCAAAGCCAAGAGCUAAGUCUUUGUCAUCUGCUGAUUCUGAAAAGCUGGAGAAGUCACUAAAAGCACCUUCAAAGAAAAACUCAUUUAAGCGAAUUCUUGGUAUAAAACUCUCUGCUAAAAUGAAAACGGACUUUCAAAAAUUUUUGACAAAAGGCAGCUAUUCACUAGACAGUGCACCAGAUGGACUUCUUUCUAUGGAAAGUAAAGACAAUAAUCUCUGCAUUUCAGGGUCAGUGACAGGUGAUCAAGAAAUUAAACCUGUGAAAGCACAUUCUGUGGAUUCCUGCUACCACACAAAGAAAGGGCAAAUACUUAAAAGCCCCUCUGAUUUUCCAAAUAACUUUCCUGCUGAACAGGAAUCUCAUGUUCAACUCCACAAAGAAGGGCCAAAGAAUUCUAAACUGCAUUUGACUGAACAACAGUCUCUUACUCCUAAAUAUGAAAACAUCAGUGGUAAUUUUGAUUGGAAAAGUUCUUCCAGUGUUGAAGACUGCGACAGUAGUUUUUAUGAAAUACAACCCUAUGCAGUAUCAACCUGCUAUCAAAAAUACACUGCAACUCAGAAGAACCAGCAUAUCAGCCCUGUACAGAAUCAGGAUAACCAUUCUUUAGAAAUGGACAUCAACUCAGAUGAAGAAGUCAUUUUUAGCUCCGAUGAAGAAGAUGCCAGUUCAGAUACAAGUAAAGGAGAACUGGAUCAGCAAGAUGAGAAGCAGAAUGGCGAAGGAAUGAAAACCAAAGUGUAUCAUAUUGCCAGAGAAAUCAUGAGCUCCGAGAAAGUAUUUGUGGAUGUUUUGAAGCUUUUGCACAUUGAUUUCAGGGAUUCAGUGAUCCAAUCUUCAAGACAGUAUGGAAAGCAAGUGAUUGAAGAUAAGAUCUUGAACCAGAUCCUAUACUACCUGCCACAGCUGUAUGAACUAAAUCGGGGUCUGCUACGAGAAUUGGAGGAAAGAAUGGCUCAUUGGGAAGAGCAUCAGAGAAUAGCUGAUAUCUUCAUGGAGAAGGGACCGUACCUCAAGAUGUACUCAACAUAUAUCAAAGAAUUUGACAAGAAUGUUUGUUUGUUGGAUGAACAAUGCAAGAAGAACCCUACUUUUGCAAAUGUGGUUAGAGAAUUUGAGAUGAGUACUCGCUGUGCAAAUCUGGCACUCAAACAUUACCUGUUAAAACCUGUCCAGAGGAUUCCACAAUACAAGCUGCUUCUAACAGAUUAUAUGAAGAACCUGUCUAUAGACUGUGCCGAUUACAAAGAUACCCAAGCUGCUCUUGCCAUUGUUGUUGAAGUAGCGAACCAUGCCAAUGACAUAAUGAAACAAGGGGAUAACUUCCAGAAGCUGAUGCAGAUUCAGUAUAGCCUAAAUAGCCAACAAGAAAUUGUACAACCUGGAAGGGUGUUUUUGAAGGAAGGAACUUUGAUGAAGCUUUCUAGAAAGGUUAUGCAGCCCCGAAUGUUUUUUUUGCUGAAUGACGUGUUACUCUACACUACGCCAGUGCAAUCUGGAACAUUCAAGAUGAACAACAUGCUUUCUCUAGCAGGUAUGAAGGUCAGUAAGCCAUCUCAAGAAGCCUAUCAAAAUGAACUGAACAUAGAGAGUGUUGAACGAUCUUUCAUUCUUUCAGCAAGUUCAGCAGCAGAAAGAGACGAAUGGUUAGAAGCCAUUUCCAAAGCCAUUGAGGACUACACAAAAAAAAGGACAACAUUCACUGGAAGCAAAAGCCUUGAGGAAGAACCAGACAAACCAGAAUUAAAUACACCUUUGGGCACUAAGGCACCCAUAUGGAUCCCUGAUCCUCGGGCUACCAUGUGCAUGAUCUGCACAUGUGACUUUACACUUACCUGGAGGCGGCAUCACUGUAGAGCAUGUGGAAAGGUUCCAGCAGUGGCCAUUCCAGAAGCCAUUCUAAUAAUCUUCAAGUUCUUUUCUGAAAGAUAGCUUUGUAACCAGGAUGUGGG